AUGGACCGGUUUGUCAUCCGACAUAAAAGGCAAAACGAAAAAAGUGAGUUCGGUGAAUCUUCCUCAAUAGCGAGUGACAGUUCGAAUGACAAAAAGGCGAAAUUGGAUAAAAAUAAGCCAGAGGAAUCGGCUGUUGCUGUUCAACCGGAUUCUACAUUAACGAAAAUACCGGCUUCGUUUCCAAGUUGGAAGAAAAAUAAUCCGUGGCUUUGUCUUAAUGAAAAUUAUCGUGCAAUCUGCACUAUCUGUACCGAAGCUUACAAUAAAAAUUUAGUGCUACGCCUCGACUCCCAUGAACUGAAAUCCAAAGUUACCUGGGUGCAGACUGGAUUUUUUUAUUGGAAACAUGCAGCUGAUCGAAUAAAAAAGCAUCAAAAAAGUUCACUGCAUCUCAAGUGCACAGAAGCUUUAAAAAAUCUCAAAACGGUCAACGUCGUUCAGCAUUUGUCCACAGCUACCUUGAAACAGAUGAUGGAUCAUCGGACGGCAUUAAAAAAGAUAUUCAGUACGUUGAGGAUUUUGGGAAGGCAAGGCUUGGCAAUUCGUGGGGCGGCAAACGACGAAGAUUCAAAUUUUAUGACAAUCUUAAGAGCGCGAGCCGAAGAUGUCUUAGAGCUGGAAUCGUGGCUUAGUAGAACAGGUCAUAAAUGGCUGCACCAUGAUAUUCAAAAUGAAAUAUUGGAAAUCAUGGCUAAUAAAAUUAUGACCGAAAAUAUUGAGAAAAUUAAAAAAUCCGAAUUCUACGCUAUACUUUUGGAUGAAACACCAGACGUGUCAAGAAUGGAGCAAAUUUCAAUUUACUUUAGAGUUGCUUCACCAGAUCUUGUAUCCUCGGAAUAUUUUAUGGGAUUUUAUUCAACAACAAGUACUAAAGCCGGGACAUUGUUCGACAUAGUAAAAGAUGUCCUUUUACGCUUUCAACUGCCGUUAGAAAAACUAAGAGGCCAAUGCUAUGAUGGCGCGUCUAAUGUGUCUGGGAGACUCUCUGGCUUACAACAGCGGAUACAAGAAGAAGAACCUAGGGCCCUUUUUGUACAUUGUAACGCCCAUAAUCUCAAUUUAGCAGUCCAAGACAGUAUUGAAAAAGUCCUGGAAGCGAGAAAAUUUCUCGGAGUAAUGAAGGAGAUGAUAAACUUCGUGCGAGACUCACCAAAACGCAUCGCACGAUUUCAGGACCUUCAAGCCUAUGAGGGAGAAGAAAAUGGAGAAGAUUUCCCAGCUCUAGCCGCAUACUGUCCCACAAGGUAUGAAUAA